AUGGAUUUCUUUGGAAGCGUAUUUGGAAAAGGAGCCUCAUACGGUACUCUGAACUCUUAUCGAGCUGCGAUAGGCCAUAUCAUUGGAGGAGAACUUACACAAGAUCCUCGAGUGAAAAAAUUUUUCAGAGGUGCGUACAAUAUACGUCCCAACCCUCCGAAGUAUGAGGACACAUGGGAUCCGGAAUUGGUUCUCAAUCUUGCUCGUAAACUCCCUAAUGACGGUAUCACUCUUGAGCAGCUGAAACGGAAAUUAGCUGUACUCCUGGCUAUCUGCACUGGGCAGAGGGCAGUCUCUACAUAA